GACAUAGCUCUAGAGUCUAGAUCUAAGUUAAAAUCUUAUACUUAGAUCAUAAUCAUGGUUAUCAUGGCAGUGACACUAUUUACUCAGACUCAUCAAACACUAACAGUAUUACCAGCCAUGCAUCAUAUUUUUGCUGAUAUUAUAAUAUAGAUCUAUUACACAUCAACAGAUCAGAUCUCUUGGAAUAUCUAACUCAGAUAAUAUUUUAUAAUACUGGGACAGUCAACUUAAGUUAACUAGGAAAACUUUCCCUGCCAAGCUCAAGAACCAAAAGCUGUGUCACAGAGAAAAUCAAUUUUACACGUCUGUGGUCAAUAUGAUAAUAUUCUCUUUUGUGUGGCAUGGCAGGAUAAAAAAGUUUAGGCCACCAACAGCAUGGCGACAGCUACUGUUAAUUUUGUUGACAGUUCUGUAAAAACAAGUAAAACUACUAGUGACAGCCCAAUUGAUCAGUCGACAGAGGUGGCAGCUGUUAAAGCAGCUUUUCCUAACCGAUGUCGCAUCAUCAGUGAUGUGAAAACGUAUACCAAUGUGCUGACUGUGCAGCCUGAAAACAUGGAUGUAACAAUUAAAUUUCAACUCACUGCUGCUUAUCCUAGAGUGAUACCUGACAUAGCCAUAAGAUCAGAAUCACUUACUGAAGAAAAUAUCACAGAUAUACAACAAUCUCUCAGGUCUAAAGCCAAACAAUUGGCUGGCCAGUUCAUGCUAGAUAAACUCAUUCAAGAGGCUGAAACUGAACUUCGGGCCAUCGGGCUAAAACCAGGAAAAGUGAUCACUAAUGCAGCACAAAAACAAGUCAAGCAUAAGAAAAACAGAACUAAAAAAAAGAAGUCAGAAGAUGAAAUAGAUGAGAAUCAAAAGCUAUCUCCAAUGAAAACUGCUGAUGAUGUUGUAAAGCGUAUCAUAUGGGAUGACAACUUAGAGAAAGAUGAUUUUAUCGUUGGCUACUUGGAUAGGUUCAAGGGUCUACUUGAGAAGUCUUUCUCAUCUUUCUCUUGGGAAGACCUUGCCUCAGUUGACUAUGAUGUACUGGCUGUACCCAAACAUAGGAUUCAGUAUUUUAAAUAUAAAGAUAUCAAGGUCUGGGACAAAUUGAGAAGAAUCGACAAUGUAUUUGGGUCAGCUGAAGGAACUAAGACUAUUGAUGUUGUCAUUAAAGAAUGGGAAGAGCUUGAAUCUUUACGUUUGGCGGGCUUAGCAGAUGCAUCAUAUACCAAACAGGAAACCAGCAGUAAUUCUGAAGAGGAUGACAGCGAAGAUGACAGUGAUGAAGAUGAUGGCAUUCAAGUUACAAUUGGGUCUUCAGCUAAUAUUGGUACAGGUGCUAAAUCCAGAGUAAGUAAUUAUGAAAAUGUAAAAUUGACAGAAGAAAAUGAAAAUGAUAUUGAAAAUGGAUUCAACCCUUACUGGCGCGACAAACUUCGACCAAAUUAUUUUCUUUGUAUACGCAUCACCAAUGAGGCAAUCAUUGAUCAAAUCUGUAACAUUCAGGACAGGUUCAUGGAGUUUGAGCCUCUGUUUAGUGAUUGCUGUAUUCCUGGCAACUCUCUCCAUAUAACACUUAACACUCUAGGUCUUGACACACCAGAGCAGCUUCUACAGUGCAUUGAAGCAUUGAAAAGAAUACAGCCAGAAAUAGUGGCUGCCGUGCCCAAGUCCAGCCUAAAACUCCACGGAGUUUCCAAUUUUUACAACAGAGUCAUCUAUGCCAAAGUUCAUUAUAAAGAAGAUUUCCUAGAAUUCUGCAGCACCCUAAAAACUCUUCUGUCUGAGGCAGGAGUUCAAAUCAGAGAUGGCUAUGAGUUUGUUCCUCAUGUCACCAUAAUGAAGACAACUAGGCCUGUGUCUCGUCUGCGUGGUACUAAAAACGUUAAUCCUGAUAUCUACGCUAAAUAUGCUGAUACCCAUUUUGGAGAGCAGAGUAUUGAGGGUAUCUACUUGUGUGCUAUGGGAGAUGAGAGGCGGGAUGAUGGCUUCUAUGUAACACCUCACGAACUUCAUUUUAAAUCCUAAUUUCUAUUUAUUUUUGUGAAAAUGUUUGGUUGUGAAGUGCUAAAAAUUAUACAAAGCAAUUAUUUUUUUUUACACAGCUUAUAUCAGCUCACUCUGUCUGUUAAAAAGUUUGUACAUAUAUAAUUUCUCUUGGCACCCAAUCUGGGAUCAAGCUGAAAAUUUGCACAAUUAUUUCUUUUACUUGACAACACAAGAAUCAUUUUAAAAAGUAAACAAUUAGUUAGAAUAAGCUAUUGGUAAUUAAUUAUUUUCUUGGAAUCUUAAGGGAAAGAAAUGGUACUUGACUGGAGUAGUGGUAUAAGCUAAAUUAGUAUAGUCACCUUUAUGGUUCGCCAUAUGAGUCUUACUGAACAUGAAAUAUGAGAUAGGACGAGAAUAUAGAAACAAUACAUAACUAUAUAAAUUUCUAUGUUCAUAACAACUUCAAUAGUAGAGUGGCUUGGGCCAUAAGUUCCAAUUCAGCUUGUUCCUUUUUUUUUUAAUAAAUGUUUUUUUUUUUUUUUGUUACUGAUCUAUUACAGAUUUAAUUACAUGACUGAUUCAAAUUAAUUGCUUAUAUAAGCUUCAUUUUUUUUUUUUUAUGUAUUUUUUUAAAAUAUUUUCUUGUUAAGGGAAUAGGGAUAAUUUUUCCAGUUCAUAAGUGUCCACUUAGAAAAAAUAUUUUAAGUAUAGGUAUUUAUAAAUUUGUGACAAUUUAUUCAAUCAUAACAAAGCCGGAGAGUAAUAAUAGCAAUAUCUAUGUUGGUAUACACACUAAUAAAUUAGGUACUGUGUUAAAAAUAAUAACUAACUCAGAGAAAAUGUUAUAAUGUGUUGACACUGUCUUUCAUAUUGAAAUUGUUGAGUGAUUUUAAAAAUCAAAUGGGUUAGCUGUUGUUGUUUUCUUUUGCUGUUGUUGUUUUACUAGAAUGAAUAGAAACUGAAUUUAAAAAUCUUCUUUCAAAUACAUGUUAAAGAAAAUGUCUUCACUUAUAUUUUGUUUUAAAAAUUGAAUAGAUCUUGAUGAACUAGUUCCUCAUCAUAAUAAAAUGAAAUCUUAAUUAUUUUUUCUGAUUGACAUUUUCAAAGCUGAUCUCUUUACAUUUUUAGGUUGGCUUUAUUUUUUUAAGUGCAGCUUCUGGUAUAAAAUAACUUUAGCUUUGAUUAAAAUGCUUAAAAUGAUUGUGUGCUUGUGUUUGAGUUUAUUCAAGAAGACAGUUUACUCAGGCAUUUUAAGCUCAUUCUAUUUUAUUUACAUAUGCUGACCUGUUUUUAUCUCUUUGUGAUAACCAAUGAAUUUCUUUACCUAAUGUUUAAAAAAAAUUCUACAUUUUUGUCUGUGCCUUACUAAAGUUUAUGUCUGAAAUUUUUAAUUUAAUUUGUGUUUAAUACUAUAAUAAUUGAUACUUUAAGUGUGAUCUAUUGUAUAUGUACAAUGUCAUCAUUUUAGUCCAAUCUCAUCUUCUAUGUUUUUCAUUGACUUUAUACUGCUCUGUGAUUGUGAAUUUGAAAAAAGACUGUUACUCUUGGCAAAAGUUACAAAACUACUUUGUUACAUUUAUGUAUGUGGUAAAAAAUCAGGCUCUUCUGUAGUCUAGUAAAUUUCUAUGGAAACUGGUGUGAAAUUGAAAAAGGGAAUUUCAAGAAAAUACAUUUCCUAUAAAAUUCUAAUGGUUAUUGAAUGUUUCUUUUACUAUCUUGAUUGAGUGUCAGAAAUACUCAUUAAAUUAUUAAACAGUAUGCUGCUACAUCUCA